UGCAUAAUGCAUGAGCUGUCACCUUGUACAGGACUUGAGCUCAUUUUCAGAUCUGAAGGCAUGGAGCUGACAGGCACAUAUGCUCGACCCAAGACUGCCAACUUCCUGCCUGCCAUCGCCACCAUGGCGUCAAGCUACCGCAACACGCAGCCCGCCAGCCGUAGCGCAAACCAGUGGAGGACCAGCGACUCUCACAAGAACAGCGGCACUAUCCCCGACUUGCAGCGAGACAUCCCAGAUCUCAUCCGUGCAGACACCAUGUUCUACCCGUCCAACCGGAGCAUGCUGAGCACCCGCUACACGCCCGACGACUGGUUCAAGGCCAACCAGGGCAACUACCGCCAGUCGGAGGCUUCUCGCAACACAGCCGAGAGGCUGCGGCGCGACACGAUGCGACUGAUUCAGGACAAGGAGCAGCUGACGCGUCGGAUGCAGGAGAACAUCAGCAAGGACAUUGGCGAGCGCCUAAACGACAUCGCCUUCUGGCGUUCUGAGCUGAGCCACGAGGUCGACAAUGUGGCGGCAGAGACCGCGGCGCUGACCGAGGUCAAGCGGCGGCUGGAGAGAGCUUUGGCGGAGACCGAACGACCCCUUCAGGUGUCUCAGGAGUGUCUGUACCACCGGGAGAAGCGCAUGGCCAUUGACCUGGUCCACGACGAGGUUGAGAAGGACCUGAUCAAGGAAGUGGAGGUGAUAAAGUCCUGUCAGGGCAGGAUGAAGCAACACGUGGAAAGAGCCGCAGCUCAGCUGGCAUUCAACAGAGCGGUGCAACACGAGCUGGAACGAGAUCUGAACGACAAAGUGACGGCGGAGAGGAUAGACGGUCGCUGCCAUCACCUGAGGAACACGUCUGACGGCAUCGGCUUCUUCCGGGGCGUUGAACGACUGGACUCCUCGCUCUCGCUGCCGGAGUCUUGGUCCAAGUUCACGGACGACAACUUGCUGCGCUCGCAGGGCCAACGUGCCGCCUCGCGUAAAGUCCGCGAUGAGAUCGAGACACUGCUCAACGUCACGUCAAGCGAAAUGUGGAGUCAGUUCAACAACGUCAAUGUGUCCUUCACCAGUCGCGUGGCACAGACGGCCGACGCCCGUAACAGUCUACAAACGCACUUGGCCAAGACCCUACAGGAGAUUUUCCAGACAGAAAAGCUCAUUGAGUCCCUGAAGAAGGCUCUGCGGGACAAAGAGAGCCCGCUGAAGGUGGCUCAGACCAGGCUGGAGGAGCGCACCCGCCGGCCCAACGUGGAGCUCUGCAGGGACAAUCCGCACCACAGGCUGGUGGACGAGGUGCGGGAGAUCGAGGACACCAUCCGCAAGCUGCAGGAGAGGCUGAUCGAGGCCGAGGGCAGCCUCCAGUCUCUGCUCAGGACCAAAGUGACGCUGGAGCACGACCUCUCCAUCAAGGCUAACUCGCUCUUCCUGGACCAGGAGAAGUGCAUGAGCAUACGCAAGACCUUCCCCAGUGUACCGAGACUCACGGGAUACACUUGA